AUGUCUUACGGCACGGAUUAUCAGGAUUUCAUUUGCUCUGAAACCCCAGGUGCCACACUUUACAUAGAAUCAACGUACCUUGGCAUGACAGACCCUAUCGCCUUUCCCAUAUAUACUGGAUCACGCGGAAUUUCCACUGGAUUGCAGUAUCCCCCGGGGUAUUCCAUACCAGUAACAACCACGUCAGAUACAACUUCAACGGCGUCGACCUCGAGCUCCAUCCCUAUUUCUACCACGUCUGUGGGGAGUAGCGUCCAAACAACAUCCAGUUCGUCGAGUAGUCCAAGUUCAUCAGACUCCACGUUAUCUUCUGGCGCCAAAGCCGGUAUCGGAAUUGGUGCGGCCGUUGUCAGCGUCCUUCUAAUUGCCAUCCUAUUGUAUCAUCUAAGACGGCGUGGUGCCCACAAUAUAGAGAACAACACGAUUAUACCUCAUUCUUUGGAAUCAAGUGAAAAGCCUGAGUUACCAACCAUGCCAGAGUUCGUACAGAGUGUACCACCUGUCCCGGCGAUGGCUGAAUUAUCAACGAACCGUAAUACCUCAUCAAGACGACCGAACAACCCACCACAGCAAACCGAAACAUAUUCAGGAUUGCAAUUCGCCGUGGAGAUUGACGAUACUAGACGCGAAUCUCAGUUACCGGAGCUGGAGUCGACAAGGGUGCCGAAUGAAACACCAGCUGCUUCGAGCAUUGCCACCAACGCAAUACUCGUUUCUCGACCAAAUGAAGGGGCCACUAUCGAAAAACUACCUUGUGACGCUGCUCAAAGUCCGGAUGAGGUGCAUGACGAAUUGAAAAUCUCCAUGAUGGUAGAAAGGGCGCUGGAAAUGGAAUAUCGUGGCGAGUAUCCGGCAGCCGAGGAGAUUCACCGCCAAGUAGUGCAAUGGAGAAAUAAGGUGCAAGGACCUGAGCAUCUAGACACGCUAUCUAGCAUGUAUCGUCUUGUCCUAGUACUUGAAAUGCAGCAAAAAUAUCAGGAGUGUCAGGAGUUGUACUGGCAGCUUUUGUCUCUAAGAGAGAGGGCACUAGGCCUUGAUCCUCCCUCUCCUUCCCUUGGUGAAGGGCUUAUGCUCCAACACAAGUAUGAGGCGGCUGAAAAUAUGGAUAGGCAUGAAUUAAACCUCAACAGCAGGGUGUUGGGCCCAGAACACCGAUACACGUUAAUAAGCACGGGCGACCUAGCCAAUGUGCUUAGACUCCAGGGAAAGUUUGCGGAAGCGGAGGAAGAAUAUCGACAAACACUAGAGCUCAGUGAUAAGGUUUUCGGCCGUUUGCAUCCCUAUACACUGCAGGUCAUCAACAACUUUGGUGUGACCCUGGAUAUACAAGGCAAGAAAGACGAGGCCAAGGAGAUAUAUCGACAAUCUCUAGAACGAAAUGUGGAGAAGCGAGGCCAUGACCACCCAGACACAUACUCAAGUUUUCACAACCUGAGAGCUGUACUCGACGAGAACGAAACGAUUAGUAUUGAUGGAAAAGGUGCGGAGGCACACGAGGGGACUAAUAGUACACCAGUCAAGGCAACUGUUCGAAUACACCGUAAAUGA